CUAACUUUGUACGUAAUCGAUAUCGACGUGUCAUCGUUUGUAAACCCUGUGCGAUAAGAUUCUGGCGAUCCACUACCGUACGCCAGCCGGUAAGGCAGUCGCCUUUGCACGCAGUCGUGUUGGAAUCUUUGCUGGACGUGUAGUGUAUCUUGUGAUUUGUGAAGAUGGAUUUUUACUAUCAUCCCGCCUCGCCCUACUGCCGUUCGGUGAUGCUGGUAGCAAAGGCUCUGAAGCUGAACCUGAACCUGCAAUUCGUUGAUCUAAUGAAGGAUGAACAACUGCGACCCACGUUUACUGUGCUUAAUCCAUUCCAUUGCGUACCGACGCUUGUGGACAACGAUUUAACGAUGUGGGAGUCACGUGCCAUACUGGUGUACCUGGUCGACAAGUACGGACGCACCAACAGUCGUCUGUAUCCGAAGGAUGCCAAGACACGGGCCAUCAUUAAUCAGCGAUUGUUCUUCGAUCACGGCACGCUUGGUACUCGGUUGGAGGAUUACUACUAUCCGUUAUACUUUGAGGGUGCCACGCCCGGCGGCGAGAAGCUUGAAAAGUUGGAAGAAGCACUGGCAGUGCUGAAUGGAUAUCUUAUCAAUAAUCCGUACGCCGCCGGACCGAACAUUACGCUGGCGGACUACAGUCUGGUGUCGACGGUGACGUCCCUCGAGGUGGUCCAGCAUGACCUGAGCAAGUAUCCGGCAAUUUCGGCGUGGUACGAGGGCUGCAAGGCAACCAUGGCGGACUUUCAGGAGAUUAACGAGAGUGGAAUGCAGCAGUACCGGGCUUACUUCGAGUCUGGUCCCACACCUCCAGCUACUGCAUAUGCCGUUGCGGAAUAGCCUUUCGGAUGAGGAUCGAUCACCGAGGAGAGUCUAAAGACCUUGUUUGAUGUUUGAUAGGACGAUGUUCAUUUUUUUAAUUUUUGUCUUUUGUGUACAAUUGGUAAUUGGUUUAACAGCUAAUAUUCUUACAACCUAGGAUAACACAGAUAAACGUUGCUAACAAUAAAUAGGUAUAGUGCGACUGUA